AUGCCUUUGAGAAAUGCCGAACAUGUCUUACCAAUGGCAUUCUACAAUCUUAUGAAUCUUACUUAUGAUCAUAGUUUAAUUGAUAUUGCAUUCUUAGUAUCUGACUGUUCUCCAGAUGAUACUACUUUGGAAACUGUGUUUGAAUAUUCCGUUGCCUUACAGAAUGGAACUUUGGUUGACUUGUUGAAAAAAGAGGAAGAAUCCAAAUCUGGGGCUAAUGUAAAAGGUACCAAUGAUUUAUAUCAAUCCUAUAUGGAACCUUCAUACAUAGAAGGUGUUAAAAAGGCAUACAGUAACCCAGAAUCACAUCAUCCAAAUUACAGAACUCCAUUUAGAUCCGUCACAAUUUUCAAAAAAGAUUUUGGUCAAGUUAUUGGACAAGGUUUCAGUGAUAGACAUGCUGUUAAAGUUCAAGGUAUCCGUAGAAAAUUGAUGGGCAGAGCAAGAAAUUGGUUAACCUCAUCUGCUUUAAAACCUUAUCAUUCCUGGGUGUAUUGGAGAGAUGCCGAUAUAGAAACUUGUCCUGGUAAUGUUAUCGAAGAAUUGAUGCUGCACGAUUAUGAUGUUAUGGUACCUAAUGUGUGGAGACCAUUACCUACAUUUUUAGGAAACGAACAACCAUACGAUUUGAAUUCCUGGAUUGAAUCCGAUGCUGGUCUUGAAUUGGCCAAAUCUUUAGACGAAGAUGAUGUCAUUGUUGAAGGUUAUGCUGAGUAUCCAACGUGGAGAGCACAUUUAGCUUAUAUUCGAGAUGCAAAUGGUGAUCCUCGAGAAGUUCUUGAUUUAGAUGGUGUUGGUGGUGUUUCAAUUCUUGCGAGAGCCAGGAUUUUCCGACAAGGGGUUCAUUUUCCAGCAUUUACAUUCUUAAACCAUGCUGAAACUGAAGCUUUUGGUAAGAUGGCUAAAAAAAUGGGAUUCAAAGUUGGUGGGUUACCUCAUUAUACUAUCUGGCAUAUCUAUGAGCCUAGUGAAGAUGAUUUGAAAGAAAUCGCCAGAUUAGAAAGAAAGAAAAGAAGACAAAAGAGUUAG